ACUCAACUCACCCCCCUUUCAGAAUCCCACGAUGACGGCUAUUUCCCCGCGCACACAACCCGCUCCCAAUACAACGAGCUCGCGGAAAUGUUUUCCCCCGAAGACCCGAACGGGAUGAAGAUCCUGAUGGCCGGGCUCAUCAAGAGAGCGGUUAUUGAUGUUCAGAGGGCUUUUCAGAUUAGGGAGGAGAAGCCGCCGUUGCAGCAACUGGUUAAUAAGGGGACCGUGGGGGAGGAUUUGCUGGAUAAGUUGGUGCAUGCUGAGCAGGAACUUGAUGCCGAGAUCAAUGAGGUGCGUACGCGAGCGUUAGCGAGCGGCGAGCGCAGCGAGUCUAGUGUACUACCGAGCGGAGCAAGCCUAAGCGAGCGUCAGAUCUUUUGCGAGCGAAGCGAGCACCACAUCAAGGCCGGCCGAACGCGCGCGACUCCCCUCAUCCCAUCAUCCCUCUCCCAUCCCGCAUCCCUCUUCCGUCCACUCACCCACGCACGCACCUUCUGAUUCCGCAGGUCAUGGAAGAAGCCGAACUCUACCGCACGGGCUGGGGCAAAUCGAUUUUCCAAGAAGCCUCCCAGCUGAUGCAACUCCAAAUGCA